GGCGCCGCCGCCAUCUGUCAUCUCCAGCUCCGGCACCAGCAAAGCCUUCGUCCCCCGCCCCGUCCUGCCACCUCUCUCCUCGACGGAGGCCACUUCCCUGCACUGCCAUUCCUCUGCCCUCUCCUCUUUGUCGUCGGCUUCCGUCUCCUCCCAUGGAUCUGGUCGAAGUGUCAUCGCCUGAGCCCGGGCCAGCAGCGUCCUGGGGACCCGGCAAGUGUCCAUGGGCUACCUCUCAAAGUACAUCUUGUUCUUUAGCUGAUGUAAUGAGUGAACAGUUGGCCAAAGAAUUGCAAUUAGAAGAAGAAACUGCUGCUUUCCCUGAAGUGGAUGUUGCUGAAGGACCAUUUAUUACUGGAGAAAACAAUGACACUUCCAGUGACCUAAUGCUGGCUCAGAUGCUACAGAUGGAAUUUGACAGAGAAUAUGAUGCACAGCUUAGGCGUGAAGAAAAAAAAUUCAAUGGAGAUAGCAAAGUCUCCAUUUCCUUUGAAAAUUAUCGAAAAGUGCAUCCUUAUGAAGACAGUGAUAGCUCUGAAGAUGAGGUUGACUGGCAGGAUACUCGCGAUGAUCCCUACAGAGCAGCAAAACCAGUUCCUACACCCAAAAAGGGUUUUAUUGGAAAAGGAAAAGACAUCACCACAAAACAUGAUGAAGUAGUAUGUGGAAGAAAGAAUACAGCCAGAAUGGAAAAUUUUGCACCAGGGUUUCAGGUAGGAGAUGGAAUUGGAAUGGAUUUAAAGUUGUCAAACCAUGUUUUCAAUGCUUUAAAACAACAUGCCUACUCAGAAGAACGUCGAAGUGCCCGCCUCCAUGAGAAAAAAGAACAUUCUACUGCUGAAAAAGCAGUUGAUCCUAAGACACGUUUGCUUUUAUAUAAAAUGAUCAAUUCUGGAAUGUUGGAAACAAUCACCGGCUGUAUUAGUACAGGAAAGGAAUCUGUUGUCUUUCAUGCAUAUGGAGGGAGCAUGGAGGAUGACAAGGAAGAUAAUAAAGUAAUACCUACAGAAUGUGCCAUCAAGGUUUUUAAAACAACUCUUAAUGAAUUUAAGAAUCGUGACAAAUAUAUUAAAGAUGACUUCAGGUUUAAAGAUCGCUUCAGUAAACUAAAUCCACGUAAGAUCAUCCGCAUGUGGGCAGAAAAAGAAAUGCACAAUCUUACAAGAAUGCAGAGAGCUGGAAUUCCUUGUCCAACAGUGGUAUUGCUCAAGAAACACAUUUUAGUUAUGUCUUUUAUUGGCCAUGAUCAAGUUCCAGCCCCUAAAUUAAAAGAAGUAAAGCUCAGUAGUGAAGAAAUGACAGAUGCCUACUAUCAAACAGUUCAUUUGAUGCAGCAGUUAUAUAAUGAGUGCACACUAGUACAUGCUGACCUCAGUGAGUAUAACAUGCUGUGGCAUGCAGGGAAGGUGAGGAACAUUUUUUUGUUACUGUUUGGAUUAAAUGACUUGAUGCCCAUCACUGGGUGUAAAGAAGUGACUGUAUGUUCUGUCUGUAUACAGGUUUGGUUGAUUGAUGUCAGUCAGUCUGUAGAACCAACCCAUCCUCAUGGCCUGGAGUUCUUGUUUCGUGACUGUAGAAAUGUCUCGCAGUUUUUCCAGAAAGGAGGAGUAAAGGAAGCCCUGAAUGAACGAGAGCUCUUCAAUGCAGUUUCAGGCCUAAACAUCUCUGCAGAUAAUGAAGCUGAUUUCUUGGCUGAGAUUGAAGCUUUGGAGAAAAUGAAUGAAGAUCAUGUUCAGAAGAACGGGAGGAAAGCUGCUUCAUUUCUGAAAGACGAUGUUGGUCCACCAUGUCUAGAUAAAGAAUAGUAACGAUACCCAUUGCUUUCAGUGUUUACACAGCGACGAUUGUCAGCUGCCAAUGGCAAAUGAAGUUAUGGGUGACUUGAAAUACCAAACAUGAAGAGUGUACAAUGGUGCUUCUGUGCUUUUCCCCUUGUAACUCAUAAGCCAGAUGUGUGGGAAUUUUAGCUCAGCACUGAGAGAAUAAAAUGUCACUACCUCUCAUCUGACCAACAGGAUAUUCUUUAACAACAAGCAUUCUAGCUGAAAUAGAGGUGAUUUUGUAGGAUAUAUGGCCAAAAAGUCUGCUGGAAAUUUUUAAAACUUAGACAACGCUUUUAAAUCUAGGAGGAAAAGAGAGAUGUUUACAAGGGAGGUUUUUAUUACAACCUUUUUGCUAUUUCUCCUCCCUGUUUUGCCUUGCAGCUUCCCCAAAUGUUUUAUUGGUCUAAAUAAAAUUAACACAUCUCAAUUCUUUUUCCAGACCAUGGACCAUGAUUCUAAAGAAAACUUAUUCUUUGAGUAGAUACCGUAAAUUAAAUUAUGUGAGCUGGAGAGAUGACACAGGGUUUCGGUACUUGCCUUGCAUAUGGCUGACAUUAGUUUGAUUCCUGGCACCUCAAGGUCCCCUAACCACUGCCUGGAGUAGACAGCAGAAUGCUUUUUAUUGGCUCACAAGGACUGUAAGUGUUGCUUUCAGAUUCAUAAUUAAGAAAGGGCAUCAUAGGUCUCUAAAAGGGAUAAACAUGUAAGAGCUGCUUAACUAUCCAAUUUUUACACUUUGACUUUCAGUUUUUCUUCACUUAGGUGAAAUGAUUGGAAUGUAACUUGUGGUGAGGCUGUUCUGUUUUACAAUGAAAAUAUAAAUUAUCGAGAUAGACAGAAAAUAAGAUUUAACCAUGUUUGAUAUAUUUUAAUGAAUUCAGUGAAAAAAGUUGUUUACUUUUAUUUACAUUAUUAUAGUUACUGAUUCAGAGAUAUGUAGCAAGCGAUUUAAAGGUAUUAAGUAGUCAAGUGAUGAAAAACGUAAAAGCUAACUCAGGAACUAAAUUUACCACCAGAUUUGAACUAUGCGGCUUCAGUUUAAUCAUUUUAAAUAUUGUAUGGCACAUUUUAAAGCUAGAUUGUACUGCAAGAGUGCACUGGUUCUGUUCUGACUGAAGGUUAUUAAUGGCAACAUAAUUCUCUUAUAACUGUAGUCAGUUUGGAACCAGUAAAGACCCCAAAUUUUCUGUCUGGUAAUAUAAAAUAAAAAUCUAAACAUCUUUUGCACUUGAAAA